CGAUAUUUAUCCUGUCUUACUCUCUCUCUUUCAACACACCCUUGAAACUGACUAUCGCAUCUACUCGUCGGCUCAACUUCUUCAUAUUGUGAAAUCUGUCUAGUGAUAUAACCAUGACGGGCCAAACUGGGCUGGAUCUUCUCCGCACGCGGACGAUUGUUGAUUGCGAUACCUUGGAUGAUGAGGUUGCCAAAACACUUGGUCCGUUCCAGGAUUGUACCUCCAACCAGGCUAUCGCAGCAGGGGAAUUGUCCAAGCCGACAAAUGCUGGGCUGGUCAAGGACUCUGUGGUACUGGCAAAGGAUCUUCUUCCGCGAUUCCCUGGAGUCAGUGUGGAGGAGUUGGCGAUCGAGAUUGCGAUGGUGAAGUUAGCUCUGAAGAUCUCCCCGCAUAUCCAUGGACAUGUUCAUAUCCAGACGAACCCGUACUAUUCUUACUCUACGGAGAAGACGAUUGUGAAUGCUCUGAGAAUCGUGCAACUCUUCCAAUACCUCCAACCUGGUUUCGAGCAGUCUCGGAUCUGCAUCAAGAUCCCUAGUACAUGGGAAGGAAUAAUGGCUUGUCGGACACUCGAACAGGCUGGGGUGCGGACGUUGGCUACGACCCUGUUCACCAUGACACAGGCGGUUCUUGCAGCCGAAGUUGGUUGCACCUAUAUCGCGCCAUAUGUGAAUCAACUCAAGGUUCACUUUGAGCUAGGAUUCAAAGAUCCCAACAAGCUCAUCCCUCUCUGCGUCUCGAUCCAAAAGUACUACGAGUCCAUCAAGACCAAGACUCAGGUCUUGCCGGCUAGUUUGACCUCGACAGAUGAGAUCUUUGCUUUGGCUGGCGUGGAUCACAUCACCAUUGCCCCAGGAUUUUUGCAGGAACUCUCUCAGCCAGGGUCUGCUUCUGGAAUCAAGUCUUUCUUCGACGUCGAGCCAUCGGUGCCAGUUCCGGGGGCAGAUGUGUCGUUUGUCAAUGAUGAAUCGGCGUACCGAAUUGCCUUUACUAGGGAUUUGAAUGGGGCGAGUGAGGAAAAGCUCACCCAGGCAAUCAAUCUGUUCUGCGACAUGCAGGACAAACUGGUCAAUGCUAUGAAAUCGACAGCUUGAACUUGGCAUUGCGGGACGAUAAAUGGCUCAACCAAUAUGAAACAGAAUAGAUAAUGAUAACGAAACGAAGACACGAGUUAAAAAAGCCAAGAAUAUGUCUUACGUAUGUAGAGUACUCCGGCGAUGGUCCAACCUGAAGAUUUUAUAUCCGUUGCGUAGACACGGCCUUGGCGGUGGGCCGCCGCGUGCAAAACCGGGGCGGUGCCACUUGAGCAUCCAGGCGUUGUAUGAGCGUCAUGUCGAGGACGAUGGCAACAUGUAGUAAUUCACUGGCUGUGAUUUGGUCAAAAUCUC